AUGAUAUUCCGCAAGUUGUACAAAGCCUUGUCCCUCUACUUCUGUUUUUCCUGCAGACGCUUCAAAAGCGAACGCGUGAGCCCAGCGCAGACCGAGCAGAAGAUGCUGUAUACCGCCGUGCUGGAAUAUGAGCAGGACCAUAGAUGGACACAAAUCUGCAAGGAGAAGAUAAAGAGCGACCCCAAUGACCCCGGCCCCAUCUCCAGCUAUGUGCAUCAGAUAUUCAGCACCCCGGAACAUCCAAUCGCCAAACUAGUCCGGCGUCUCCAGUGCCAGAUAUACAGCCGCUUAUACCUGAUCAUCAGCAAGGACCCGCCUCAGGAACCUUCAGCCUCCGACAUUGGUCACCAGUCCCUCCCCACAGAACUGAUUUCCUUACCGGCCGCCGGAGCCUCUAAACUGAAGACCUCCCAGAGUCUGUAUUGCCUCUCCAGCUGUCCCCGUCCCUCCAUCCAGCACAGCCAUUCUAUAGGCGGGGAUCUGCAGAGCCUGGAGACUCGUACAGAUUGGGGCCACAAGGACAUGGAGAGCUCCUAUGAAGACUUGGAACACUUGUUGUCUCCGUCGUCCCUCUCCGGACUGGCCGCUCUGCAGAGAUUGUCGGCAUCGCAGUAUUUAAAUACGGUCGUGAAAGAGAUUCACAACGCCAGAGACUUGUUGGUGUCGUCGUCUGUGCUGUCUCUGGAUCUUCCCACCACUCCACCAGUGAAAGAAGUCUGCCUGGACUGUAUAGAUGAAAGCUUCUUUCCUCCUCUAUGGUCGGCGCUCUUGGCUCUCUACAGACAGGUCCUCUUGGCACGGGAGGAAUCCCUUCUGCAGGUCAUGGAAUUAUACAGCACAGCGCCACCAUCUGUAGUAGGCGUGCCACAACACCUGUACCCUGAGGACGUCACAGACCCGUACAGAUCAGCCGCAGAAGUCCUAGAACAAGUGACCAAUCAGAACUCCCCCCACAGGAAGCUGGAGUGUAUAGCGAGGACCCUGCGGGGGAUAUGCGAGUGUGCCGAUGAGUACUGUGCCACCCCAGGGACUGCAUCCAUUGGCGCGGACGACCUUUUGCCCAUCCUGGCCUUUGUGGUGUUGAGGAGCGGCAUGUCCCACUUGGUGUCAGAGUGCGCCGCGUUGGAGGAGUUCAUAUACGAGGGGUAUCUGAUCGGAGAAGAAGGAUAUUGUCUGACCUCCUUGCAGAGCGCUCUGGUAUAUCUGGAGUCCCUCCCGGUCCCCCCAUCACCACCUGCUAUCUGA